GAUCGUUGGGUCUUUUACCCCGUGGCUGGUUCUGGCUGAGCGUGUGCUGGGGGUCAUGCGCUUCGAUUAAUUAAACCCGUAAUUUUUAAUUUCCCGGUAGCCGAGACAACGAAAGGCUACUCGCCGCACACUGGAGUGAUGAUGGGCGGAAAAACGAGUGCGCUUGCUGCGGGGGUCUGUGGGGCCCUGUUCGUCGGGUACUGCAUUUACUUCGACAGAAAAAGACGGAGUGACCCCAACUUCAAGAACAGAUUGCGAGAACGACGGAGAAAGCAAAAGCUAGCGAAAGACAAGGCUGGACUUUCAAAGCUUCCUGACCUGAAGGACCCAGAGGCAGUGCAGAAGUUCUUCCUGGAGGAGAUUCAGCUCGGGGAAGAACUACUCGCCCAGGGAGACUACGAGAAGGGCGUGGAUCACCUGACCAACGCCAUCGCCGUGUGCGGACAGCCCCAGCAGCUGCUCCAGGUGCUGCAGCAGACCCUGCCCCCGCCCGUCUUCCAGAUGCUCCUCACCAAACUACCUACCAUCAGCCAGCGAAUCGUCACUGCACAGAGCUUGGCAGAGGAUGACAUUGAGUGACAGGACGACGGACCAAUCCCGGAGUAGAGGAGCCGCACCCUCCUCACCGACCCUCACGAACAGAGGCCACACCCCUUUCCCCUGCAUGGGGACCCUGUGUUGCUGUUCACUCCUAAUUGGUCUCUCUAGGACAUUUCCUUUGAUACGUUUCUUUCACUCGCCCCAUCUGCAUGAGUGACAGCUCUUCUGGCCCGCGUCCUUUUUUAAAAGAAAAAUAAUUUUGUUGUUGAAUUGAUUCAUGUACAGUGAAAGAAUUAAUAAAAACAGGAAAAAAAAAUCAAAACUGAUGAAGGCAUGCUGGCGCUACACAUGACUAAAACCUCACGGGACUUGCGAUAUAAAUCAGAAAAAAAAAAAAAGACAACUUUUCCCCCCCUCUCUCCAUUCUCCCUUUCUGCAUCCAUAUCAAAUGGUUUCACUGCUAGCUGCAGCGGUUAAAGACAUGCAAAUAAAACAUUGCAUGUCAUUCAUGGUUGUUUUCUGACUGUUGUCUAAGCCUGGACUGAACUAUACACAGAUUCUGAAAACUAAUUUAUGUAAACGGGACAAGGCAAGCAUUGUAUAUUAAUAUUCAUGAGUGUAUCAACUACUCAAUCGAACACUAUUGUGCAAAAAAACCCCAAUAAUAUCAUGCAGGAUGAAAAAUGGGAAAAUGGUUCUCUUCUACAGAAAACAACCUCAAUUUAUGGAUGGCUAGUGGUGUUUUUUUGUUUUUUUUCCUUGAUGGGGAAAUGUUUGUUUUUAUUGUAUCUAACUUUUCUUAGGUCAAGUCUUGUAAAGCGCUUUCUCUUUUUAUUUGGAAAAUCAUUACAAUAAAAAGUGGAUUCAG